AUGGCUGUACCGGAGGACUCGACAGCAUAUCCCUGGAGGGACACGACCGCUUAUAUACUGUUGCAGUUCGAAUGGGAAGAAGCAGGGAGCGGAGUUGAUGGACCAGCAAACGCCUUGGGACGGGAACUCCGGAGCGACUUCGUCGAUACAUCCGGGUACCCAGAUCUUUCGGUCUAUGUGAACUACGCACAUGGAGACGAGACAGUCGAGCAGAUAUACGGCGCAGAAAAGCUAUCACAUUUGGCCCAGAUAAAGUCGGUCUGGGACCCGGAUAACGUUUUCGCUUACUUCAACCCUUUGCCUGCAACAUAUCCUUGA